AUGGUGGAAGUGCAGAGUUUAUGGGCCAAGCAAACUGCUGUGGUUGUGUUUCUGCGUCGCUUUGGAUGACAGUUGUGCAGGUUGUGGUCGACUGAACUCAGUUCGGUCAAGCCACAGCUUGAUGCACAUAAAGUGAAGCUCUAUGGUGUGGGAUUGGAGGAAUUAGGUCUAGAAGAAUUUCAAGAGGGAAAGUUUUUUACUGGAGAGUUGUAUCUUGAUUCUAAACAGCAGUGUUAUAAAGACUUAGGAUUCAGAAGGUACAAUGUUGUUUCUGUCCUUGGAGGACUGGCAACUAAAGAAACAAGAUCUUCCCUCGCUACGGCCAAUGCAAAAGGUAUCAAAGGUAACUAUCGUGGUGAUGGCUUACUGAAUGGCGGCAUGCUGAUCGUGACAGCAGGAGGAGAAAAAGUGCUACUUAGUUACAAACAGGCCUCACCUGGAGAUCAUGUGUCUAACAAACAAAUCCUUGAAGUUCUUGGUAUACCCUCAGACAAGCCAAAGAAGGAAGAAAGUGAGUCUGCGUCAUCAGGUGGGGCAGACUGUGGCUGUGCUGCAAAGGAGGGAGAAUCAUAACAUUGUGUGGAUUCACAGACUAGUUUUGAAAUGUUACAUUCUAGAUAGAAAAGUCUGAUUAUAAGGGAUGGACCAUUAUUUUUUAGGGAGGGCUGGGCAAUUUUCUGUGGCAUGAAAUUUUUCUCUCACCGUUAGGUUGUGCAUAAUGUAUUUUUUGGUGUGCAAGACCUUGUGCAAGAAUUAUUUUAAAAGUCAAACACGGGACCUGUGUAGUAGGAAGCACUUGCUCGAUUUUUUUGCCAUGGCUCUCCUUGCAUGAGUUUUCAGCAGUUUUUGCUGUGCAGAAAUUUAAUUUUUUUUUUUUGGGAAAUAUCCUAAUCUACUGCCUGCCCCCUCAAAAAAAUAAUGGUCCAUCCUUGAAAUACUUUUGGUGACUUUUUCCAUUAUGGAAAUUGUACAAGACUUUCCUGUAAGGUGUACCUCAACUUGAAUUUCAUUGUCUUUGGUGGUUUUUAUGAUGCUAUUGUGUUAAAUGAAAAGCAACACAUAUAGUGGAUGUAAUGUUUGAGCUGUCGGGACAUCCUGCAUUUAAGUUGAUCACAGCCUUCUAGGGUUGAAUGUAAGCCAAAGAGAAAUUGAAAAUUAUAUUUGCAUGCAUUUAUGUAACUUAAGUUUUCUUUUGGAAUAUCAGCUCUCUCUCUCUCUCUCUGUUUUCAAGACUGAGCAUGAAGGGGAUUGCAUUUUCUUGGGCACUUUUUAUGAUGCCAUCGUGUUAAAUGCCAAAACAAAUGCAUGGUGGAUGAAUGUUUGACAUGCCUGGAUAUCUGCAUUCAAAUCACAGCCUUGAAAAUUUGUGUCCGUCCCUACUUUUCAACCUUUCUGGAUUAGCGACAAUAUAUAGAAAUUAAAGGAGAAAUAUUUGCAUACAUUUAUGUAUUCUGACAAAUCAGUUAAGAUUGUCAUCAUAUUUAAGGACAUUUGAUGUUAUUAGUGAGAACUUAUUCGCACAAAUAAAGAAAAAUAUUUGUCAUAACUUCUGACAAAAUGAAUAAAACAGGAUAAUUUUUGCUUGUU